AUGAGGGACGGCCAGCUUGCCCGUCGCCGUCUUCUGGCAAAGGCGGCUCCUGCUUCACGAUGGUCUUCGGGCUGUAGCUCCUUCAAAAGCUCCCAUCUUCCAUGUGAAUGUGUAGACCUGAUCGGAGUCAACUCCUGCAUGCAGCGGUGGCUGGAUGAGCAUCGUGAAUGCACCUGGCACGAGGAUAGCGGUGUAGCGAAGCAUGUCUUCACCGCAUGGAUCAGGCUGUGGUGGCUGAACUCCAACUCGAGCUUCGGAGAAUGGAAUCCUGCAUCGUUGCUGCAGCGAGAAGGACGUGCAAACGAAUGA